AGUUGACUACCCCCAUAUCUAUACAAGGUCUGAAGGGAAGAUGACGAAGAAGCACGCGUCGCUUAUUAACAUCGGGAGGUGCCUCGAACUUUCAAGUGCCCCUUCAAACGUCGGCGGGAAGUCAAAAAAGCUCGACGAUAUGUGCCUUGACUGGGAGAAGAAUCGUAAUGUCACCAUUGAGGGAGAUGGUACAAUAGACGGUGCGGGAAUGGCCUGGUGGGAGGAGAAGGGCGCGCUUCGACCUACACUUGUAGGGCCCAUAUUCGUGGACGGUUUGGUGUUGCAUGGCAUAAAGCUCAUCAAUUCAGCAUUCUGGACCGUUCACCCGUUGUUCUGCAAUGAUGUGAGUAUAACAGAUGUGGAUAUCAACGCACCUUCCGACUCGCCGAAUACUGAUGGCAUCGACCCGGAUUCGUGCACUAAUGUCUACAUCGCCAGAUGCAAAAUAAGUGUUGGCGAUGAUUGCAUCGCCAUAAAAUCGGGACGAGAUGCUGCCGCAAGAAGGAUAGGCAAACCAACGCAGAACGUGCUGGUGGAAGACAUGGCCUUCGGACAGUGCCACGGUCUGACUAUUGGGAGUGAGAUGUCGGGUGGAGUCCAGAAUGUUACUAUCCGCAACUCUGUGAGCACGAACAGCAAACGAGGAUACCCGCUCAUCCGGAUUAAAACGCGGCAGGGUCGCGGUUCUUACGUCAGGGAUGUGACCUUCUCGAACAUAACAGCGGACUUUGCGACGUAUCUCAUGAGAGUGGAUAUGUUCUACCCGCCCCAACCGGCACGUGGAAAGUACCCUAUCAUCUCCGAUAUAACUGUCAAGGACAUCACCUUACAGCGAGCCUUCGGCGUUUGGCUAUUCGAAUGUCUGGAUACUGCCCCUUGCAGGAACUUCCACCUGGAGGGCAACAGUGUCACCACAUUCGACAAGGGCUUCUACGGCAAAAACGUAUACGGCACAGCGACAAAUAACGAACCGGCGAUUGAAUUAAACCCCAUGCAGGGCUCAAUGCAGAUGCAACUGGACGAAGAGCUCGAGAAAGCGGCGCGAAAGGAAUGAUAAACUCUUGUAACAUGUACCGUAAAUAUGUACAUAUUAUAAUAAAGGUUAGCAUGUAAAAAAAAUUGGACGCGGUAGUGUGGCUUGUUUAGUAGUCUCGCGUUUUUGCACUGCACAUCUAUCGGAUUCUUGGCAAUAUAUGACAUACACGGGCUGAGGAAAAGUGCAGAUGGUGAUAAGCUACUAAACCCCACUACACGGAUCCAUGUAGUAGCAUUGGUUGAUCCUUCACACGCCCUACGAGAUACUGUGUGACGACUGCGUGUGAAAUUUUUAUAAAGCGGUUCUCAUACGGUUGCAAGGAGUCGCCAUUUGACGUAUGACACCUAACUAAGGUGUAUCCUGUGGCAAUACCAGGCCAACGGGAUGGGACAUUACAAACCCUCGCAGCACUCCAAUUGAUGUGCGAAUCGUGCGCACCGCCAACGAGGGAAAACGGAUUAAAAAAACUCUGUCGUUUCGUGGCCCCUCGGAAACAUAAACUCUUUAUCUCAUUGGGCCUGCACACUAACUCGUAAUGUUUUACUCAACAUCCUGCACACUACAUACACUCACUCUUGACACCACAAUGUCGGCAGUAGGCCUUCCAAUCAUCCUCUCUAGAGGGCUCAGCUGGCAUGUACAAAAUCACGUUCGAGGACUGUACAUACCCGAGCAUAUAGUAAUGUGCUGAUGUAUGAAACGCAUACAAAGUCUCCCUCAGAUGUUCACAGGAGUCAGUCUUGAAUAAUAUAACGCCGUGCAGUGUUCAAACCCGCAUCAACUCAUAUCACGUCUGAUAGCCCGACGCAAAUCCAAACCU